GUGACGUCAGAGGAAUGAAGCCUUAGCCAAGAUGGCGGCUGCUGGAGGAGAGCCCUCUACCCAGAGUGGUCCGGAUGAUUUGUUCAAUCAUUUCUACACAGAGGUAAAGCAGAUAGAGAAAAGAGACUCUGUGCUAACCUCGAAGCAGCAAAUAGACCGGCUGCUCAGACCUGGGUCGUCCUACUUCAAUUUAAACCCCUUUGAGGUGUUACAAAUUGAUCCAGAGGCAACAGAUGAGGAGUUGAAGAAGAGGUUCCGAGCGUUGUCCAUCUUGGUCCAUCCAGACAAGAACCAGGAUGAUCCAGACAGAGCACAACUAGCUUUUGAAGCUGUGGACAAGGCAUACAAAAACCUACUGGACCCGGAACAGAAGAAGAGGGCAGUUGAUGUGAUCCAAGCAGGAAGGGAAUAUGUUGAACAUAAUAUGAAAGAGAAGAAGAAACAGCUGAAGAAGGAUGGGAAGCCUCAAUUCGUGGAGGAGGAUGACCCAGAAAUGUUCAGACAGGCGGUGUACAAGCAGACUAUGAAGCUUUUUGCAGAGCUUGAAAUCAAGAGGAAGGAGAGGGAAGCCAAGGACAUGCAUGAAAGGAAAAGGGCAAGAGAGGAAGAGAUUGAGACGGCAGAGAAAGCUAAGCGAGAGAGGGAAUGGCAGAAAAACUUUGAGGAAACAAGGGAUGGCCGAGUGGACAGUUGGAGGAGUUUCCAGGCAGGCAAAAGCAAGGCAAAAAAAGAGAAGAAACCCCGGUCCUUCCUGAAGCCUCCUAAAGUCAAGAUGGAGCAGAGAGAGUGAUGUCUGUUGAGGUGUGAUGGUUAAGGAUACUACCCAAAGGCUACAUCCCGAUUCUCCACCCUUUUCCAGAAGUGUGUACUUGCACACUCCACGUCAUGUUUAAAAGCAUAGGAGUGGUGUGUAAGCAUUGGCUGGAGGGAGUUUCCACCAUUGUAAAAAUUCCACCAUUGCAAGUGCACACUUCGGAAGAAGGGUGGAGAAUCGAGACAGCCCAACAUUCUUACUUGUACUUGACAGUGCAUCCACCUUCCUGAGAAAUGUAGUUUUGUGCUCGUUUUUUUAAUGUACAUAAUUGUGAUCUGCAACCUCCAUGAGCGCAUCACACUUACUGGUCUCAAUCAAAGUAGAAAAGAUGACAGGAAAUCUUCCAUUUCUGUAACCACCUUAGUUUGACUGGACUUUUUGUGCUGUAUCCUUUUUUUUUUUUUUUUACCUUUAAAUAAAAGCUUGUUUGUUACAAGCCUAUUUUGUGGUCUACCAAGUAUUGACUCUGAAGCGAGGCAAUCUAGUUGAGGGUAGAAUAAUGAAAUCCUUAGCUAACGACUGCCUUGUAUUUGUGUUCGUCAAUAGGUACAAGAUGCUAUAACAUGUUAUUAAGGAAUUAUUCCCUUACUGUGAAACACAAGGAGAAUAUCCAGCCACUCUUGGAGGACAAUGGAAGUGGUUUACUCCUCUAUUCAGGCACCUUGGUUGUAGAGUGAGGUAGAGGGUAUCCCCACAUCUCAAGUAUCCCUCUCUCUUGCUUUGCCAUCCAGAUUAUCUGCUCAUCCGAAUGUGAAAUCCACAGUGGGUUGGGAUUCCACUACACAGACGCAGCUUCCCGAUUGGCUUCCUAUUCCAUUUAUAGUGCACUACUUUUGACCAGAGCCAUAUGGGUCCUGGGCAAAAGAAGUGCACUAAAUAGGGAAUGGGGUGUCAUUUGGGACAGAGCCAGAAAGUCCACUCCUAUUCCCAUGAUGAUGCCUCCUCUGACUCUGUAUUCUCCAAUACAUUAAAAUAAGUUACCCCAAUUUACCAUUGGUCGUGACCCACUACCUAUCAUCUAACCACUAGUGUUCUUCCUUAAUUAGCAGUAGCAUUGUGCAUCCAUUCUGUUGUCAUAUAAAAUGUUUAAUUGCAGCAGUGUUUCACUCAAUCUACAGUACCAAGGAAAGUUGCGGCCUAGUCUGUCAGAGCUGUUUUUCUGUCAGUUGAACUGUAAUCGUUACACUAUAUCAAUAAAAUUGUCCAAGAUAUUCUUAA